AUGGUCAAGGAAGAAUUUGAACUGCCUCCUUCACCGGCUCCGUCGAGCCCUAGAACGUUGCGAAAGUAUCAUAUCGAUACCGAGCUGGUAUACACAGAGACAAGUGAUCAGUACAGGUCGUCCAGUGUGCCUAUUUACCAGACUGCUACGUUCAAACAGGACAGUCUGAGUAAUAUGGGAGAGUAUGAUUACACCCGUAGUGGAAAUCCUACCCGAUCUCAUUUGGAACGUCAUGUUGCCAAGAUCAUGGGUGCUAAUAGAGCAUUAGCAGUCACUUCCGGUAUGACUGCUAUGGAUGUUAUCACCAGAUUAUUGCGUCCUGGUGAUGAAGUGAUUGCUGGAGACGAUCUGUAUGGAGGUACCAACCGAUUGCUGAAGUAUCUCAGUUCGAACCAGGACAUUAUUGUUCACCAUGUGGAUACUACUACCAACUCCGAAGUUGCUAAGGUAGUUAGUAAGAAGACUCGCAUGGUUUUGUUAGAAACUCCUACUAAUCCUUUGAUCAAGAUUGCCGAUGUCAGAGGAGUGGCUUCUCUAGUUCAUGAAGCCAACCCUGAAGCACUUGUGGUGGUAGAUAAUACCAUGAUGUCGCCAUUGUUGAUGACACCUCUGGAUUUGGGUGCUGAUAUUGUUUAUGAAUCGGGUACAAAGUAUCUUUCGGGACACCACGAUAUCAUGGCUGGUGUUAUUGCUGUCAACGAUCUUGCUCUGGGUGACAAGCUUUAUAAUACCAUCAAUGCAUCGGGAUGUGGCCUGAGUCCUUUUGACUCGUGGCUGCUUUUAAGAGGUAUCAAGACACUGGGUGUUCGUUUUGAAAAACAACAAGCCAAUGCACAAAUUGUUGCUGAAUAUAUCGAAUCGCUUGGAUUCAAGGUCAGAUUCCCUGGUCUGAAAUCUCACAAACAGUACGAUUUGCACCAUUCUCUGGCCCGUGGAGCAGGUGCUGUUCUGUCUUUUGAGACCGGCAAUGUCGAGCUGAGUGAGAAGAUUGUUGAAAACACCCGUAUCUGGGGCAUCAGCGUCAGUUUCGGCUGUGUCAAUUCGCUCAUCUCCAUGCCCUGCAAAAUGUCGCACGCAUCCAUCGACGCCAAAACCCGGGCCGAGCGCGACUUUCCUGAGGACCUCAUCAGACUGUGUGUCGGUAUCGAGAACCCCGACGACUUGAUCGACGACCUCCAGAUUGCUGUAAGUACUUUUUUUGGGGGGUUGUGCCUCCGGCGGCUGGGGCUCUGCCCCAGACCCCGUGGCUCCUGCUUCGCAGGAGUUUGCGUCGGGAGGUGGUGUUUUACUGGGAUAUUGGAGACAGAAGAGACUAACAGAUACCAGUUCCUCAAAGCAGGCGCCGUCAAGGCCACAAUAGAGACUCCUAUUUAUAAAUAA